AACCUCCUCGGCGAGCUGCGCGCACUGAAAGAGGCUAACCAGCGGCUCAGCGACGACAACCAGGAGCUGCGCGAUCUGUGCUGCUUCCUGGACGAUGACCGGCAGAAGGGCCGCAAGCUGGCCCGGGAGUGGCAACGGUUUGGCCGGUACACGGCGAGCGUGAUGCGGCAGGAGGUGUCCGCUUAUCAGACCAAACUGCGCCAGCUUGACGACAAGCAGCAGGAGUUGAUCCGGGACAACCUGGAGUUGAAAGAGCUCUGCCUGUACCUGGACGAGGAGCGAAGCAAUCCGAAUCGACCCUCGGGAGGUAGCAAUGGCGGAGGAGGAACUAAUGGAGGAACGGGAGCGGCAGUGACCUGUGGCAAUUGUGGCAGCAGUAACACCAACGCGCAGUCGGCUUCGUCCAAUGCUGUCCCGCUCCGGGAUGACGGAGACGGAAGCAGCUCGAGCACGAAUGCCGACGAGAACCAGCAGAUGUGUGGAGGAGGACAGUUUGGCCGGAACGGGUUGGCGGACCUCACCAUCCGGUCUCCGCUCAGCGACCAAACCCUGCAGUACGUCCGCUCGCUCGAGUCCCGAAUACGGCAGCUGGAGGAGGAACGCUGCGCCAUUCUGAAGAACGUCCCCCUGAACCCCACAUCAAACGGCCACGUUCCAGAAGGAAAGCAACAACUUCAACAACAACAACAGCAACAAAUCGUCAUGGAUCCCAUUUCUGGCCGCCCCGAAGCCGUCGUCCGGGCGCUCCAAGUCCUCGAAGUCCGCGAACAACUCGAGCGGGAACGAAUCGGUCCGAAUCUUGUCCCAGACGCCCUGGACGACGGAGAAAAGGCGCUCGUCCGCGAAAUGUGCAAUGUUGUGUGGCGAAAGCUCGAGGACGCGCCCAACACCGGCAUCGAUCAGCACGUCUGACCGGACCACGUGUGCGGAUCAUGGCCACGUGACUCAGCGGAAAGCCUCAACAGCAGCAGCACUCAUCAAGAACUCGAACUUGAGAAACUAGUUCUCCUCUUCCUUGAUGAUGUACAAAUUAAUUAUAAUGAUUCUUCAGAAAAAAUAGAAUUGAGAUGGGCAAAGGCACGCGUUCUUAAAAAAGCAAAAUCUAACCUAAAAGAACUCACAUUUCUAAUGUACAGAAAGGAUCAUCCUUCGUCCAGAAAAGGAAGACAACACAACACUCGGACAAAAAGGAAAACGAAUCGAAACCCAGCCUAACCUAUUCAAUUAGAAUUAACCGAAAGUAUUUAUCAUCGUUUAUAUUUAUACUUUCCCCUCCCUCCCUCGUCUUCUUACCGUGCUUUAAGAAGAAAUUGUUGUGGAGGAGGAGGAGGAGGUUGUGCAGACAGUGUAAUUACCGGGCUGCACGAGAGUAACGAGAGUAGCUCCUAACACGCGGAAUUCUUUUGGCUAUUUAAGGCGCACGGUGUGGCCGUUUUUAAAAGGUAACUGGUUUCGACUGGCCGAACCUUCCAACGGAUAGUGAAAGGAAUGCUAACAGAAAGCGUGGUUUAUGGGGCAGCUUGUAUAAAGUGUACACUUAAAAUAUGAUUGAAUAGGGCUUUUUAACAAUAUGUAACAUGUGUGUAAAGGAGAACUUGGAAAAAAUAUGAAAUAAUAUUUCAGCGCUAUGUAUCUGUGUAUCCGCGAGGAUUUCUUUGUUAGAGUUGUUUUUAUAUACAUAAUUUUUACACUUAUUAAACGGUUGUUAUUGAGAAGAAA